AAACCUGAGCCUCGUUAUCAUGUAAGGACAUGUCCACUUGGCUAUUAUAUCUUCCGCAAAGGAAUUAAAAAGUGUGGUCAAUGUAAAAACAGAGAACCAUGUGACAAACAAACGGGUUAUUGUAUAAGAGGUUGUGCAACAGGAUGGUAUGGACAAAGAUGUGAGCAAAGAGUAAAUGAAGUAUUAGAACCUGCUCCUGAGAUUCGCCCUCGUAUAAGUUGUCCACCUGGGAAAUAUGCCUCUGAUUCAGGAUGUAGAAGUUGUGGUCUGUGUAAAAGCAGAGACCCGUGUGAUACGUUGACUGGCGAAUGUAUCUGGGGUUGCGAACCAGGAUGGUAUGGACGAAAGUGUCAGCAAAAAGUAACUAAAGUUGUAAAACCUGAGCCUCGUUAUCAUGUAAGGACAUGUCCACUUGGCUAUUAUAUCUUCCGCAAAGGAAUUAAAAAGUGUGGUCAAUGCAAAAACAGAGAACCAUGUGUCAAACAAACUGGUUAUUGUAUAAGAGGUUGUGCAACAGGAUGGUAUGGACAAAGAUGUCAGCAAAGAGUAAAAUCUGAGACUCGUUAUCCUGUAACAACAUGUCCACUUGGGGAAUAUGUCUACCACAAAGGCUGUAGAACAUGUGGCCAAUGUAGAAAUAAAGAACCAUGUGACAGACAGACUGGUUAUUGUCCAAGAGGUUGUGAACCUGGAUGGUAUGGACGAAAGUGUCACCAAAGAGUAACUAAAGUUGUAAAACCUGAGCCUCGUUAUCAUGUAAGGACAUGUCCACUUGGCUAUUAUAUCUUCCGCAAAGGAAUUAAAAAGUGUGGUCAAUGUGAAAACAGAGAACCAUGUGACAAACAAACGGGUUAUUGUAUAAGAGGUUGUGCAACAGGAUGGUAUGGACAAAGAUGUCAGCAAAGAGUAAAUAAAGUGGUAAAGCCUGAGGUUCGUUAUCCCAUAACGACAUGUCCACUUGGAUAUUAUAUCUAUCAGAAAGGAAUUAGAAAAUGUGGUCAAUGUAAAAAUGGACAACCAUGUGACAGACAAACUGGUGAUUGUAUAAGAGGUUGUGAACCUGGGUGGCACGGACAAAAGUGUCAUCGAUCAGUUCGAUCCGCUAGACACGAAUAUGGCAGGAGUGGUUAUGCCGUGGGAGGAUCCUAUGGCCACGGCUACAGUAAUGUUCAUCGUCAUGGUCAUCGUCAUGGUCAUCGUCAUGGUCAUCGUCAUGGUCAUCGUCAUGGUCAUCAUCAUGGUCAUCGUCAUGGUUAUCGUCCUGGUCAUCGUCCUGGUCAUCGUCAUGGUCAUCGUCCUGGUCAUCGUCCUGGUCAUCGUCAUGGUCAUCGUCAUGGUCAUCGUCAUGGUCAUCGUCAUGGUCAUCGUCAUGGUUAUCGUCACGGUGGUGGUUAUGGUUAUGGUCGUCGUCAUGUUUAUGGUUACCACCAAGGUUUCCUUCAUGGUCAUGGUUAUCGUUCCAGAGGUGGUUACCCCUACGGUCAUCCUGGCCACCAUUAUGGUCGUCCUGGCCGCCGCUACAGUCGUCAUCUUGGUCACGGUUAUGGACAUGGCUAUGGCUUUGGUGGUUAUGGACUUCGUUAUGGUCAAGGUUAUGGAUAUGGUCCCGGUUAUGGUUAUGCUGGUUGUGAUGCAGGAUAUUACAGAUAUGGCAAGAUCUGCCGAAAAUGUGGUCACUGUCUCCAUGGAUACUGUUACCCUUACAGUGGUUACUGCACUGGGGGUUGUCAAUUAAGCUAUUAUGGACCGAGAUGUGAUUAUAAAGAGUAUUACGGUCUGCGAAAAUGUCACUCAGGAUAUUAUAAAUACCACCACAAGUGUAGGAAAUGUGGUUAUUGCCUGUCUGGAAUAUGCAACCCUUACAAUGGAUUUUGCAAAGGAGGUUGUGCCAAUGGCUAUUAUGGAGCUAGGUGUUAUGACGCUUCUUAUGGAUAUGGUUAUGGUAACUCACCACAUUAUGGCCACGGUUAUCACCAUGGAAUUCGAUACGGUCGUCCAUAUCGUCGUCAUCAUGGUUAUCGUCGUCAUCAUGGUUAUGGCCCCCGAUUUGGUCAUGGUCGCCGAUUUGGUCAUGGUCGCCGAUUUGGUCAUGGUCGCCGAUUUGGUCAUGGUCGCCGAUUUGGUCAUGGUCGCCGAUUUGGUCAUGGUCGCCGAUUUGGUCAUGGUCGCCGAUUUGGUCAUGGUCGCCGAUUAGGUUAUGGCCACCAUCAUGGUUAUGGUCAUGGUCAUGGUCAAGGUUAUGCUCCUCAAUAUUAUCUUGGUCACAGUUACGGUGAUGGACUUGGUUAUACUGGUUGCCAAGCUGGAUAUUACAAACAUGGUAAAAUCUGUCAGAAAUGUGGUCACUGCCUCCAUGGAAGCUGCUAUCCUUACAAUGGCUACUGUAUUGAUGGUUGUGCAAAGAAUUAUUAUGGACUGAGAUGUAAUUAUAAAGACUAUUAUGGAAAACAGAAAUGCCACUUAGGAUUCUACAGGUUCAAUGGAAAAUGUAGGAAAUGUGGUUACUGUCUCCAAGGUUACUGUAAUUCUUACAAUGGCUAUUGUAAAGGAGGUUGUGAAAAUGGCUACCGUGGCUCAAGGUGUUAUAAUAUAGGAUAUUAUGACACAAACCCUUGCUUCCCAGGAUACUACAAAUACCAUGGAAAAUGUAAGAAAUGUGGUCCCUGUCUCUAUAAUCUGUGUGACCCUUACACAGGUUACUGUGUAGAUGGCUGCAUAACUGGUUAUUAUGGCAGAAGAUGUCAAGGCAAUGAUUAUCAAUACAGCUUGGGACAUUGUCAGCAUGGAUAUUACAGAGACCAUGGCAACUGUUUUAAAUGUGGUCAUUGUCGCUAUGGUUAUUGUAAUCCUUAUAAUGGCUACUGUGAGCAAGGUUGUGCGACUGGUUACUAUGGCACAAAAUGUUCUGAAAUUGGUAAUGUAUAGGCUCCCUUUCUCCCUCUCUUUUCUUUCUUUAUAUAUUUUCCUUCAGUAAAACAGAAAAGAAAAAAGUUAAAUUAGAAAAACGCAUAAAGAUUAAAUGACAUAUUUUAUUCUACCAAACUCAAAUUUAACAUUACUUAUGUAAAACUAAAAUAAUAAUGAUUCUCUUCCUUGCAAUACAAAUGAACAAUCAUUAAUUAAACCAACAGCUUAGAUUUGCUAAAGCAGUGGCCAGGAUAAAGAUCUAGAUUAAAAGCUUAACUUUUUUAAAAACUAGUGUGUACAUAUAUAUGUUGUUGAGGAAAAGGUUGACUGUGACUUUGGAGUUUUGGUUUGCUUCUUGCAAAAAUUAAUACAUUUGUAUUCUUCUAUAAAAUAUUAAGUUUAAUGUUGAAUUAUUUUUAUAUACAAAUUGACAUCAAAAGCCCAAAUAAACAUAUAUAUAUAUUGUAUGAAGGAUUGUGGGUAAGGCCAGAACAAUGUGAAGUAAAUGCAAGGCAAAUCACAAGAAAACAAAUACAUGAAUUAAUGUAGACUUACCUUGCAUUCAAUAUUUUGGGGUUAUGACCCCCCCCCCAUCCUCAGGAAAUUAACAAAUGUAUAUAUAAAGAUAUACAGGGUGUGUAUGUGUGCAAAAGUAGGUAUACAAUUAGUUUCACAUCAAUGUUAUGAAUACUUAAUUCAUUAAAAUUAUUAGCACUUUAAUUAGUUAGCCUCAUUUUUGAUAUUAUCAGUGUCAUUAAUCAUAAUAUGUUUAUCAUAACUAUAAUAAUACUUAUAUUGUAACUUUUACGUUUUUUUUUAUGAAAAUAAAUGAGCAUUGUAUGUGUUUUCUUUUUUCAUAACUAUUUGCUAUAAAAUAGUAUGAAAUAGUAUAGUCUGGGAAUUGAAACCAUGAUUUAACUAUCAUGAGUCCAUCACCCUAACCACUGAGCCAUGCAUCUCCACAAAAUCUGAGUAUAAUGAACUCAGUUGUUUUGAAUGGUUCAAGGAACUUGUUCCUUUUCCUGUUGUGUGGUCUGUUUGGCAUCUACUGCAUUGGUUGAUUAGUCAGAGGAUGGCCUGACUUCCUGAAGAUGAUGUUGCAGACGAUUGGGUCAUUUGCAUCACAGAUAUCCAGGAUCCUUGAUCUCUCUUUCUCUCUCUCUCUCUCUCACACACACAACAUGCUUAAGCUGAUAGGUAAAAUUUGAAACCCGAGUCAACUUGAUCUUCACAAUAUAUAUAUUAUGCUUAAAGUAUUAGUAACAAUCUUAGAAUGAUCUUAAUAAAUUUAUUAAACAUCAUCAAACAUUAUUGCUAAUUCAUACUACCUAAUUAAUGCUUAAUUAAUCUGUUUAAUAUACCAAUUUACUAAACUGUUUAACCGUAAUUAAUUUUGUAAACACUAAAAUAAUUUCAUAGAUUGUAAAUGUUUUCAUAAAUUUUAUAAUAAUCUUAUAAUUUGUCUAAAAUUGUCAAUUUUUUUUAUUUUCCUCUGAGAAAUGACAAUAAAAGUGAACAAACUACAAAAUAAAUUUGGAAUAAUACGAAGACAUGGAAAAUAAAUUCUACAUGUGUGAAAUCUUUUAUCUACCUACCAGACUGCGUUAAACAUUUAAAAAAAAUCUCUGUUAAAAGUUGCAAGUAUAACUUAUAUUAAGUUUAAAAUUCAACAAAGGAAGAAAAAAUUCAUUGAAAAAGGUUUUAAAACAGGAAAAGUGUAAUGUAAAACUGAUAUUUAAAAAAAAUUUACCUCCUAAUUUCUAAUUGAAUCUUCUUUUCUUGUAUCAGGUAAUGAAGUUUUAAUAAUCAAAAUUAAAAUGGUGCUUAAAUGAC